AGUGUCAUCAUGAAAACGAGAUGCGUCCGCGUGAUCCCAUACGUUGUCGUGAAUGUGGCUACCGCAUCAUGUACAAGAAGCGUACAAAGCGCUUGGUUGUUUUCGAUGCCCGUUAAUAUCCGCAUCGUUCAAUGAUGAAUUAAAUAUUAGAAUUUUAAGUGAAUCCUUUAUUUAGAAAUAAAAUAUAGCAUACGAAAAAUGUC